GGAAAACCAAACCAUUCUGGUGGAAUUUUUUCUGAAGGGACUUUCUGGACACCCAAGGCUUGAGUUACUCUUUUUUGUGCUAAUAUUCUUAAUGUAUGUGGUCAUCCUUCUAGGCAAUGGUACUCUCAUUUUAAUCAGCAUCUUGGAUCCUCACCUUCACACCCCUAUGUACUUCUUUCUGGGGAACCUCUCCUUCUUGGACAUCUGCUACACCACCACCUCUAUUCCCUCCACCUUGGUGAGCUUGCUUUCAGAAAGAAAGACCAUUUCCCUUUCUGGCUGUGCAGUGCAGAUGUUCCUUGGCUUGGCCAUGGGAACAACAGAGUGUGUGCUCCUGGGCAUGAUGUCCUUUGACCGCUAUGUGGCUAUCUGCAACCCUCUGAGAUACCCCAUCAUCAUGAGCAAGGAUGCCUAUGUACCCAUGGCUGUUGGGUCCUGGUUUGCAGGCAUUGUCAACUCUGCAGUACAAACUACAUUUGUAGUACAAUUGCUUUUCUGCAGGAAUAAUGUCAUCAAUCAUUUCUCCUGUGAAAUUCUAGCUGUCAUGAAGAUGGCCUGUGCUGACAUUUCAGGCAAUGAGUUCAUCAUGUUCGUGGCCACAAUAUUGUUCACAUUGAUGCCACUGCUCUUGAUUAUUAUCUCUUACUCAUUAAUCAUUUCCAGCAUCCUUAAGAUUCACUCCUCUGAGGGGAGAAGCAAAGCUUUCUCUACCUGCUCAGCCCAUCUGACUGUGGUCAUAAUAUUCUAUGGGACCAUCCUCUCCAUGUACAUGAAGCCCAAGUCUAAGGAGACAUUUAAUUCAGAUGACUUGGAUGCUACCAACAAAAUUAUAUCCAUGUUCUAUGGGGUGAUGACUCCCAUGAUGAAUCCUUUAAUUUACAGUCUUAGAAACAAGGAUGUGAAGGAGGCAGUGAAACACCUACUGAACAGAAGGUUCUUUAGCAAGUGA